AUGGAUGAAAUUCUUCUGGAAGAUUACUUGAGAUGCCAUGUGUGUUCAGAGACUUUCAGAGAUCCUGUGUCUCUGAGCUGCAACCACAGCUUCUGUUCAAGCUGCCUGAAUAAAUUCUGGGAACAAACUGGAAACAAGAACUGUCCCAUCUGUAAGAGACAUUCUUCCAAAGAGUUUUUGCCAGUAAAUUUUGGACUAAAGGACCUGUCUGACACUUUUGCUGGCAGACAGGAGUCUGAAUCAUCUGAGACAGAGAGAGAAGAAAGGCAUCCGAUGAGUCACAAAUUGGUUCCUAUAGAACAAGCAGUCAGUGAGCUGAAGGAGCAGCUGAAAUCUGACUUAAAGUAUCUGCAGGACAAGAGGAACAAACACAAAGAGUUGGAGAAAACAUACGAUGAUAUUAUCCAAUACUCUAAGAACAAGCUGUUGUCUACAGAGAGUCAGAUCAGAGCAGAGUUCAACAAGCUCCACCAGUUCCUAAGAGAGGAAGAGGAGUCCAGACUGGCAGCUCUGAGGGAGGAAGAGGAGCAGAAGGGCAAGACUAUCAGCAGAGAGAUGAAGAGGAUUCAGGAGCAGAUCUCCUCUCUGUCAGACAGUAUCUCUGCUGUUGAAGAAGACCUGCAGAAAGACCAGGUGUCAUUCCUCAGCAGUUAUAAAGCCACUCAGAGCAGAGCCAGAGCCCAGAGCUCACUGUCAGAUCCACAGCUGGUCUCAGGAGGUCUAAUAGAUGUGGCCAAACACCUGGGUAACCUGUCCUUCAGAGUCUUGGAGAUGUUGAAGGACAAGGUCCACUUCAGUCCUGUCAUUUUGGACCCAAACACAGCUAAUGCAUACCUGUAUCUGUCUGAUGAUUUGACCAGUGUGAGAUAUGGAGACAAAUGGCAGCAGCUUCCUGAUAAUCCAGAGAGAAACACAGAAACCCCUUCUGUUUUUGGUUCUGAGGGCUUCAGCUCAGGGAAACACAGCUGGGAUGUGGAGGUUGGAGAUCAUCCCAUUUGGAAUAUUGGUUUGGUUAAAGAGUCUGCUAACAGGAAGGGGGAAAGAUAUGCUUCACCAAAAUAUGGUAUCUGGUGUUUGUGGCAUCGUGAUGGUAAAUACUCAGCUUCUGGUAAGAAUCUCUCAGUGAACAAGAGUGUCCAGAGGAUCAGAGUCCAGCUGGACUAUGACAGUGGGGAAGUGUCCUUCUAUGACCGUGAAGACAUGUCUCACAUGUACACCUACAGAGACACUUUCACUGAGAAACUUCUUCCUUAUUUCUCUAUUGGAAAACCUGCUGAAACAUCUGACAUCAGAAUCUGUCAAUCUGAGAUUUUUGUGUUUUCAGACUAG